CUAUCUGAAAGAAUUUAACAUCAAUACCUUAUACUAUUUGGAUUUCAAUGAGAAUAGUGAAGAAGUGAAUACUGAUGUUAGUGUCAAGAAAAUUGUUGUUAAAGAAAUAAACCAUGUACUGGAACUUCCUUUUUGGGAACAAUUUUUAGAAAAAGAGUCUUGA